GCGGAUCCGGCGGAGCGUCGGCUCCACCCACUACAACCGGUUCAAAAGGGAGCGUUCCACAUGCCCCACCUUCUUUGCUUUUGUCUUGAGAUAAAAAAUGUUGUCGAAUGGUUGGUUCAACCAGGAAAUGAUGAAAUAUUGCUUCAUAUCAUGUUGUUUUUCCCAUCACACUGUGCACGGCGAAGUUCUAGCGACAGAAGAAUCAGUGAGGCAAUUGGUCAAACACCUGGGAGGCACGGGCGAGAAGCGGAGUCCGAGUCCCGCUCCUGAGCUCCAUCUUAGUCAAAAAGGAUCCGCGGAUUUCGCCUGCAAAAAAGACUCGAAGCUUUUGGCGAAACAUACCCCCAUCUUAGGUGGAUCGAUAGAGCAGAGCAAAUUGCGCCGAGGCCACGUUGUUCUGUCGAACGAGUCCGCUGCACCGGGCGAGUACUGAGGCAGCACUGGCUCCCCCCCUGACACGACCGAGUCCUACCCCAGCGUGGCCAAUCCCAUUCUCGAAUCAGCUGGUGAUCAAGUAAAAUGACAAAUCUAUCCUCCUGCUUCGACUUUCUUUAGCCAUUCGGGGGUGACCUUACGCAUCUUGUGGCCAGCGAAAGCUAGUGUGAGAGAGAGAGUGAGAGAGAGAGGAGCAAUGCUCAACCCUAUGAUCUCCUUUCUCCUGUUCUUUUUGCUAUCCUCGCCAUCCUUUCUCGUAUCCUGUGGAUCCGAGGCUGUUGAUCCUCGCCCGCGGGCGCUCCCGUCCUUCAAGAUCCAAGAAAUCAAGGCACAGUUGGAGGAGAUUGGGAGUGCGUGCUCCUACACCGUGAAGAUAAAGACCAGCUGCUCUUCCGGCCGCGUCACCUCGGACAGGAUCAGCCUUGCUUUCGGCGAUGCUUACCGCAACGAGGUUUAUGCACCAAGGUUGGAUGAUCCAUCAUCAGCAGUGUUUGAACGUUGCUCCACCGACACAUUCAAGAUCCAAGGGCCAUGUGGCUACGGAAUUUGCUACUUAUAUUUGCGACGUGAUGGUUAUGAUGGGUGGACACCGGAGUGGGUCAAGGUCUAUGAGCCCCGUGCUACCCGUGCCAUCACCUUCUACUACGGUACACCUCUCCCCAAUGGCAUCUGGUAUGGCUUCAACCAGUGCCCCAAAUCAUCCUCUUCUGACCGCAGGAUGCAGAUCUGAUGGUAAGGAUGUCAAACUUAGUAGAUAAUUCUGCAUAGCUGUCAAAGUAUUACUACUACUGCAUGUUCACUAAAGACUAGGAUCAAUAUUUUGAUCUUUACACAUUACCAGUAUUAUCGCUAAAACCAGUCUCAGGAUUUCUAUUUGUCGUUAUGAAACACUUGCUUUAUAUA